CCUCGCUGAGUUAGCGAUUUAGGUGGAGUCGACGGAGAGGAACAGGGUAGUGAAACAACACAAACAGAAGAAAACCCUUGAAUUUUUUCUUCUUUCUGGGAAUUUGUAGAUUGUAGAUUAUUACCAAUCUAAAUCUAAAAUAAUUAACAAGAAAUGGCGAUGGUUCAACGAAUGAGAUCAAGCCUUCCUUUAUUCCAGAAAAUGUUGGCAUCGGAUUCUGUUUCUAGCAGAUCCACUCUUCUUAACCCUAAUUUCAUCAUCAAUGUUGAGAGAAGCUAUGCUACAUCAGCUCCGGCUAAGAAGGACAAGAUUAAGGUUCCUUUUGCUAUGUUUGGAGGUUCUGGGAAUUACGCAUCUGCUUUGUAUCUAUCUGCUGCCAAAGCUGAUGCAUUGGACAAGGUUGAAUCAGAGCUGUUUGACCUCGUGGAAGCUACAAAAAAAUCUCCAAUGUUUUCUCAGUUCACAAAGGAUCUGUCUGUACCGGCAGGUGUAAGAAUUAAAGCUAUAGAUGACAUAUGUACUCAAGCAAAAUUCACAGAUAUUACAAAGAACUUUUUGGUUAUAAUGGCUGAGUAUGGAAGGUUGAGGCACGUAGACGGCAUUGCAAAGAGAUUCGCAGAAUUGACUAUGGCGCACAGGGGAGAGCUGAAGGCAAUUGUUACAACUGUCAUUCCCCUUCCUCCUUCGGAGGAGAAAGAACUGAAGGAAACCUUACAGGAAAUACUUGGGCAGGGUAAGAAGGUCAAGCUUGAGCAGAAGAUUGAUCCUAGCAUUCUUGGUGGUCUAGUGGUUGAAUUUGGGCAGAAAGUGUUUGAUAUGUCCAUUAAGACCAGGGCAAAACAGAUGGAGAGGUUCCUGCGAGAACCCGUCAACCUUUAAGAUCCCCCUGGAAGGUUUAUUCUUGCAGAGCAAUUUUCGGAGGAUUUAUGUUAGUAGUGGCUAACUGGCUACUGGCAGUGGUGCUGCAUAAGAUGAAAAGUUGGACUUUUUUUUUCCCUUUUUGGCUCUAGAUUGUUGAGGCCAUCCUUUUUUCUUUUCUUCUUUUAUCCCAUGGCAUGGUCUUGUUCACAAUAAUAAAAUUGAAUGUUUCUGGUUGGCAUUUUCACCCAGGCAAAGUAAUCUGACUUGUUCACAAGUUGUGCUGUUGUACGUGCUCAAUUUGUGGUGCAUUUGCAUAUGGAAACCAAUGUGAAUCAUUUUUCUGGUAUAGAUGUGAAUGAUAGUUCUACACCUUUGUGACA